AAACGACUACUAGUCGCAACGGUUUCAGUGAUCAGUGGACAGUUAUACAAGUCAAUUCUAGUGCUUCUUCCAAUAACUUCAUACUGUUAAAGCGUUGUCCAGAAAAUUAUUGUGAUUUUGUUACUUUGAUAAUUAUUCGUUAUAUCUUUAAAAGUUAUUUCAUAAUUUACGUUACUUGUGGAAUACUUGUAGUAUGUGAAAUGUAAAGUGCACUGUGACAGUGAAGACAAAAUUUCGCCCCUAAAAGUUGGGCAACAAUAAAAAAGUGAUAGAAGAGUAGUUAAAUCUCGUAAUAUCUGGGUAAAUUGCGGUCCAUCUGCUUAAGAACGAAGAGGUGCUUAUAAGUUAUUGUUCGGUGCUUAUCAGUGACCUCCUGAUACGUUGCGCCCAAGAGAGCAUGUGUUUGUUUUGGCGCCAGCUGAACGAUUCAUCGAGGUAACCGGCAAAAAGCUGCACACUUAAGACUACAUAGAUUUGCUAUUGGAAGACUGACUCAACAGACUAGAGGUUAGCCUCUCGCCCAGUUUCGAACGUGCUAAACUAGUAAGAGGACCCCCAAAAGAUGUCUAGCAUUUCAAAUCAGUGAACCAAAAGAACAGCAUUAAAUCACUUCUUUCAGGACAUAAAGAAACAGAAAGUUCUUAUCAGUGAAUACAUUCUGGAAGUGUGAGUAAAAUUUAUUCUGUUGCAUAGAAAACAGUGCCCCCGAAACGUCUAUAGAGGAAACGAAAUGGCAACAUUACUCUAUACGAUCAUUGGCAUGACGGCCAGUGCAUCGCUGAACUGCGCCGUCCGACGGGAAAUCUCCCCAUGUACGUGUUCGCCUCAUGGCUUCUUCGCCAACACGAUCGAGGUCAAGUGCGAGCAGAUGGACUCUUUCCAUCAGGUGGUGGAUGCGCUGCAGAAUCGAUUCACCCCGGACUACAACAUUUGGUUGACAAUUUCCCACUCGCAACUACUGGACUUAGCAACGCGAACGUUUUACGAGAUGAAUAUGAGCAUCAAGACGCUGAAGAUGAACUACGAUAACUUAAGUCACUUACCGGUAUCGACGUUUCAGAAUCUACCAAGGUUAGAAUAUUUCAGCGUUGCGGAGAACCGUCUGGAGGAGAUUCCGCCGGAUAUGUUCCAACAUAUGCCAAAUGUUGGAACACUAGACUUCGCCAAAGGUACGCUACGCUACAUCAAUGGGAACACAUUUAAACAGCUGCAGAAUCUUCGACACUUGAUAGUGGCUUCUAAUCUAUUGCAACGAGUCGAUACUGACUCGCUACCACGAACAUUAAUAUCACUGCAUUACGGCCAUAACAACCUAACGUCGCUGAACGGUACACUGCGCCAUUUGGAUGAACUCAAGCUGUUAUUCGUGAACGAUAAUCAUUUGAUUUCACUUGAUGAUGAACUUCCACUGGCUUCUCCGAAUCUCAUGACUAUUUUUGCUCAAAAUAAUAAAAUCGAUCACCUUCCAGUUGAGAUUAAAUAUUUGAAGAAUCUAGAUUCACUGUUCAUUGAGGGUAAUCAAUUAACCACUUUCGAUGGACUUCUUUCGCGUUCGGCACAGCUCACCAAAUUGAUCGCUUUUGAUAACAAAAUCAAUCAGCUGAGAAAAGAUGAAUUCAAAGAAGCUGAACGGUUGGAGGAACUGCAACUGGCAGAGAACAAACUAACCAACUUGAAUGGCUCGUUACAAAACAUGAGAGGCCUAAUCAUGGCUAAUUUUAGUUUCAACUUGUUAAAUGAAUUCUCGCUGCAAGAAGUAGCUGGGUUGCGUAAACUGCGAAUUUUAGAUCUUUCGUACAACCGAAUAGAGAAACUUGUAGGCCGAAUGGAAAACCUUGUUGAUUCAGGUUCGAUCAUUUACGAGCUCCGGUUGCAGCACAAUUUGAUCAAAUCACUUGACGGUGCGUUGAUGGGAUUAAACAAUCUGAAGAUUUUGAACGUAGCUCACAACAUGCUGGAAGUCAUAACCCCCGACGAUCUGAUUGGUAUGGAAAAUUUGGAACAUUUGGAUUUGUCUUUCAAUAAGCUGAAAACGUUGGAAGAAUUAUCUAAGACCUUCCUUCCAUCGCUGCAAUCAUUGAACGCAUCGUAUAAUUUGCUCACCACAAUGGAAAAAGACUUCCACGGUUUACCGGUAUUGUGUACAGCUGACUUGUCCAACAAUAUGAUCCGAAUGUUAUCCGUUGACCUUGUGUCACAAACAAGAUGCAGCAACCACGGGGUACCGAACAAAUUGGAAAUUUUCCUCCAGGAAAAUCCUGUACUGUGCGACGAAUCCCUUCCGGAGUUGGUAUCCCAGAUGGAGUCCUAUCAUGCUCGGUUAAUCGGCAUAGCGCACUGCAUCGUUCCGCAGCAAAUUCCGAUCGAUUCACCCAUUUUUAUGCAGCCUGCGAUUCCGUUACUCAAACCCCUGCUAAAACCACAACUUCCAAUGGUACCUGCUCCAGUUAUGAUCCAACAACCAUCGAUUGUGCAAAUCUUGGUGCCUGCACCACUUGUCGUGCAAGCACCAGCAUUUAGCGAUGCUGCAGCUGGCGUCGUGCAGCCAAUUCCUUCAGUUCAAGGAAUUCAAGAUCUCCAGCAGCCACCGGUAGCAUCCCCACCCCAAAUCGCCCACCUCCCCCAACAGCAGCCCUACGAUGAAUUGAAGUAUGAUGCACAACCCGAAGCGGCAGCGGAAUCCGAAACCCUUGCACCCCCACCAGAGGACAAUGACAUUGCAAAAAUACCCACCCCCACAAGCACGACAAUGAAAACAAUUCUUGAAUUCAAGAACAUUAUUCAUAACACCUACUCGGCGUUACCUCCGGAAGUUCUUCCGCUUUCACUUGACAAAGCACAAGGACUAGCGACGGAACCAGAAGAACCACCGGAAGUACAGCAAGAUCAAAGCGUAGAUAUAAGUGAACAUUGAACAAAAAGAUGGUGAUUAUUAUCUCCUUUCCCCCUAUUACGUGAUAGAGAGUAGGUACUUGUUCGGAGUUAAAUUUCUGAAUAACAAUUUUUAAGAGAAAAAUAUCUACAGUUUUGAUUUUUCUAUAUGUAAAGGUAGAAAAAAAGUAGUGUUUGCUAGAAGUUGUUCUUGCAAUAUACGGAUCUUUGUGAUCAGAAAUUAAUAUCGUCCUUUUCGAUUAAGUUUACUUAUGAAAGAAAAGAAGCUAGUUUUCAAUCGAGAGCAUUGGAUAAAAGUUUAUAAAGAGUCCAAUAUAAAUGACAUAUGUUAAACACAAUGCACACUCCACCAUGAAUGUAACAGAUCAUAUUAGAAGACAACAACAUUUCGAACAUUCAGACAUGCAGAUAGUGUUUCGCUUAAUGUGAAAAGAUUAAAUAAAUUUGCGAUUUUAUAGCUUAGAUAUGUUGCAGAUCUGAGAACCUUGGUACGAAAAAUGAUGAGUACCACAUAUUAUUUUGCUUAGCCAUUGUUUUACAAAAUCCAGUAUCAGCAUCUGUGGAUAGUGAUUAGCUUCAACACAGACGGUAUGACAUGUUUAUAAAAAGGAAUAUAAUAGAGCAAUCUUGUUAGUUGAGACAUCUAGAAAGUAGGAUGCCAUCGUCUUAUAUAUGUGCCAUUUUACCUGUAAACUCACUUGUGUUUUGUAGCUAUCUUCUAGUUUUUAUUUUUGUUCGUUCUUUUUUUUUCUUGAAUGUAUUUAUUCACAGUAAUCAACAGUUAGGUAACGCCAUAGUUUAAUUUUGGAAAGAGCUCUCUUUUUCUCCUAUAAGCUUAUAUUAGAUGUACUACCUUGGAUUAAACAAAACAUGAUUACAUAUAAAACCAUUGUAAGGUAUUUAAAACUAUAUAAUGCAGUAUAAAUCACUGCAUAGAUCUGUGUUUUGAACUAAAUUGUUGCGCGUUGUAACAGGAAAAGCGCAGGUACAAUGCAAAAGAGUGCUGAUGAAUUGUAGUAAUACGGUGUAAAAAAUAAA